GUGGUCAUGAAGAUGGACGAGACCUUGGCAAGGUGCGCAACAAUGGGCCCUGGACACAAGCAGCUGUCAAGCGGCUGUUCCUCGUUGCCCCACAGUGUCCAGAGGAUGUCGUGUGGCCCGCCAUUGCAGACCGCGUGGUGGCACUCACAAAGCAGGUGCGUGACGAGUUUUCAUUGGAUCCGAGCAGGAUCUACAUUACUGGUCUCAGCAUGGGUGGCUUUGGCGCCUUUGCCGCGGCAGCGGCCGCGCCCGAUCUCUUUGCGGCACUGAUAGCAGUUUGUGGAGGCUUUACCAAGCCCUUGCCGUUGGACACGAGUCUGAACUCUCUGUUACAACUUGCCAAAGUUGCUCCGAAAAAGGAGGAUGUCAGCAACAUCAGUGAGCUCCCUGUUUGGCUUUUCCACGGGAUGAAGGAUCGCACAGUGGAUCCCGAUGGUUCCAUGUUGUUGUGGCAGGCGCUGGGCGGCAAGGUCCGCAGCAAAGCGAAGCUGAGAAUCACAACCUACGAGGCUUUGGGCCAUCAGAUUUGGUCAUCUGCGUACAAGACCUCCGACCUCUUUUCGUGGUUGCUGCGGCAAAAGAAGCCGAAGCCGAACCUCGCAGGCGACGAAUCAGCACCAGGAGCACAGGUGACGCCUGCAAAGGCCAAGAGAAAGGCUCCCUCUUCGAGGGCAGGUCUCCGAGCAGCGCUGCGCCGACGCUUGGCCCCGGAGGCAGAGCCCUCAGCUGCUGACCGUCUGCAGGUGGUUUCGGCAAUUGCUGAUGAUGAGAUCGACGAAUGGGAUUCAGACAAGGAUGCAGACGUGCAUCCGGAUGAUGAUGCUGCGUCGGGCAGCUGGGCCUUCAACGACACUGAGUGA